AGAAGAAAGCCGCUUUAAUAGUAUAAAUGGGGAACACUUGAAUAAUCGGGCAUUAUCAGCAGGUCCCUUUUUCCGAUAACACUAUGAUCUUUGCCAGUAUCUUCUUUUUUGUUCUUAGUUUUGGCCUUCUCGAAUGUAUCGACAUCAAAGUGGCGGCCCCUUAUGAAGAAGGUGGAGAUGAGCCUUGUCUCAGACUUUGCACUGGGACAACAGGAAAAGGCUCGACACCCUGGAAAUAUUACAGUACUGAUGGAAUCUAUGUUAAAGUAGACAUGACAAACUGCGACUUCAAACCUGGUUUGACUCCAAUAGUAACAUCUGUAUUGGCUGGAGAAAGUCACCUUUGGGUGACUACUGGUGGAUCAGAAAUAUACUCCCUCACAUCAUCCAGUUUCGUGAACUACGUUCAUAUGCGAGCAGAAUACGGCAACAUCCACAGUUUUUACAAGGCUGACAAGUGGAGAAUUGACUGGCAAGCCAUUGGUUACGCUUGUUAGCAACCUCAUGAUGUAUCAGAUUGAACAUUGUCAUAACUUAGCAAAUAUCAGUUAAUUACAACU